AUGUCCCCGCGUAGCGCAACUCCGGUCGUACUCCUCUCGUCCCUCACCCUCCUCCUCCUCCUCCUCCUCCUCCUCCUCCUCGCCUCCCCUCCCGUCACCGCCCACGCGAGCCACCACCGCCUCCUCCCGCCGGCCGCCGUUUCCGGGCCCGCCGCGCCGCAGGCCGCGGGCGCCUCCUGCGCCGACGUCCACGUGCUGCUGUGGCGGGGCAACAACGAGGCGUACCCGGGGCGGCAGGGGAAGCUGGUGCGCGCGAUCCAGGCGGCGCUGGGGGGUGAGGCGCCGGCGGCGGCGCCCUUUGCGCUGCCGCCCGCCUCGUCGUCGCCGUCGCAGCCCGCACCGCCGCGCCCGCUCCCGCGCAACCUCACCUGCGACUACGAGGACGUCGUGUUCGACAACGCCCGGGACGCCGAGUACUGCGGCGCCGUCGAGGCCGGCCGCGAUGCCGGCCGCGCCCAGCUCGCCGCCUACGCCGCGCGCUGCCCCGCCGCGCGCCUCGUGCUCGCCGGCUACUCGCAGGGCGCGCACGCGCUCGGCGACGCGCUCGGCGGGACCCCCGCCGCCGCCGAGCCGCUCGUCCGCGGGUGCCGCGUCUCGCCGCGGGCCGGGCUCGACCCGGCCGCCGCGCCGGGGAACCGCAUCGCCGCCGCGCUGCUCUUCGGCGACGUCCGCCACGCCGCGGGCCAGCCGUACGACGCGCUGGCCGCCGCGCGCGCCCACGACGGCGCGUUCCCGCGGCGCGGUGCGGCGCUCGCUGGCCUCAACCGCUUCGCGCCCGCGCUGCGCGCCUGGUGCGAGCCCGCCGACCCCGUGUGCGCGCCCGGCGGCCCCCCGCACGCGCUGCGCGCCCAGGACCACCUCGGCUACUUCGACCGCUACGCCGACGAGGCCGCGGCCUGGGUCCGCGACCGGCUGCGAGGCGCGGCCCCCGCGACGUCGGGCCCCGCGCCCGAGCGGCCUCGCGUCGCCGUCGCGGGGUCGGCCGGGGUGCUGGCGGGCUGGCUGGUUUGGGCCCUGGUGGGGUGGGCGUGA